CACAGGCAUUCCCAUCGAGACCGCAAACCAUAUCAAGCGAGGCGAUGCUACGAGCUUCGCCCCCUAUAUGCCUUUUCUGCCGGACUUCUGCAUCUUUCAGUCCACAAUGGAAUCAGGUUCGCACAUACGCGCACGCUCAGCGCCGGAGACCUUCGAGGAUGGUGCUCUCCAGCAGAGUAUCUCAAUCAGGCACUGCGCGAGCACAAAGACGACGAGAUAACGAUCCGUCAUCUACUCCAACUAGAGACGAAGCAACAACUUCACGAAAGCAACGGCGAGCGCAAUAUUUCAAGGAAGUGAUUCGAGCAAGAGAGAACGCAUCUGGACAAGUGGCGAACGCCGCUAGGGGCAUGCGACAGGAUCUUGGGACAAGCCAUCCCUCGUGGUCUUCAGCAGGAAGACGCAAGAAAUCAGGAGAUGGAGGUUUGAAGACUUCACCAGCAGAUCGACCGAAACCAGGUCCUUUCGGGGCCUUGAAUCAACGAUCGGCCAGGCUACCGACGGCGAGGUCUCAAGCCUGGGCAUCAAGAAAAAGCAACGAAGCGAAGGCGAACAAAUCUGUAGGAAAGAAUAAGGAGAAGGCACCUUCAAGUACCUUUCACUCGUUGAAGAUGCAGCAGGCCCUUGCCACCGUUAGCUAUAGCGCACGGAACCAGGUAAAGAGCAAGAUUAGCGAAAUUGAGACUUUUGAUGACUUCCCUUUGCUGCCUUCUCUGCAAGAAGCCGUGGUCAAAGAUGCGUUGAAAGGACUUGAGGUUAUUUCACCAACUCCAAUCCAAAGAUUAGCUAUUCCAGCACUGCUUGGCGUGGAUGAGAGCCGGAGGAGACGGCAGACAGCAAAGGAAGGAGGGAUGCGACAAUUUUUACUGGCGGCCGAGACGGGGUCAGGCAAAACCAUGGCCUAUCUGCUUCCAUCGAUCGAUUCUUUGAAGCGCGCCGAGGCUGAAGAGAAGCGUCUUCAUGAAGCUCUAGCAGUCCGCAAGCAAGCCGAAGAUCACAAUGAUUCACAAACGAGCAUAUUCGAAAUCUCACCGCCUGAAGAUUUUGACGACUCCUCCAUCGGAAAACCUAGGGUUGUCGUGCUCGUGCCAACUGCUGAGCUUGUCGAACAAGUCGGCAUAUUGGCAAAGACCUUAAGUCACAUUGUGAAAUUCCGUACCUCGUUCGUUUCAUCGAACUACAGCAAGACGGUGAUCAAGAACCGCAUGUUUUGCAACAUGGAUGUAUUGGUUUCAACUCCACAUCUCCUUGCGUCCAUCUCGGAUUCGGAGCCAAAGAUUCUGUCUAAGGUCUCACAUCUUAUUAUUGACGAGGCAGACUCACUCCUCGAUCGAUCAUUCUUACCGACGACAAGUAAAAUCAUUGACAAGGCAUCUCCAAGCUUACAGCAACUUAUCUUCUGCUCGGCUACCAUUCCAAGGCGCUUGGACAACUAUCUACGCGAGCGUUUUCCAGAUCUCAAACGUCUUACCACUCCAAAUUUGCACGCCAUCCCUAGACGUGUGCAGCUCGGUGUUGUAGAUGUUGAAAAGGAUCCUUAUAAAGGCAAUAAAGAUCUUGCUUGCGCGGACGUAAUCUGGAAAAUUGGCUCGUCAGCCGCCGAGUACACUGCAGAAAAUGGAGCCGAAAAGGUACCCGUUAAGCGCCUAAUUGUCUUUGUUAACGAGCGUGAGAAAAGCGUCGAGUUAGCAGAGUAUUUGGCUAGCAAGGGCAUCGAUGCGGUUGCACUUCAUCGCGACCUAGAUACUCGGACGCAGACGGACUUGCUUGCACAGUUCUGCUCUAGUGCCUCUCCCACGGAAUCUCGACCAAUACAGGCCAAAACACGGAAAGGGAAAAAUAUGGUUCGAACAUUGCCUAAUACAAAGGUGCUCGUCUGCACGGACAUUGCUUCCAGAGGCAUUGAUACAACUGCUGUCAGACAUGUAGUCUUGUAUGAUGUUCCGCACACAAGCAUCGACUUUAUCCACCGUUUAGGCAGGACAGGUAGAAUGGGUCGUAGAGGAAGAGGGGUGGUUCUUGUAGGGAAAGAUGAUCGAAGGGACGUUGUUCGAGAGAUUAGGGAGUCCAUGUUCCGUGGCGCUGCUUUGAUCUAACCUCGACUUACAAAUAAUGUGAAAACGCUUAUCUUGUCCUUGGUGGAUGCAAGGAUGAACUGUAGGACUGUAUGAUCAAAACAAGAAUUUCAAGGUUUCUCCACUUUUAAGAAAUUUACACAUCAAAGACACGUCAAAUCAAACUUGUACGGAAAGCUGAUAAAAAGUGCUGAAGUUCGUGUCAAAAACGGUUGACUUCGGCGAAGUCUCUCAAUGUGUGGCCAA